CCCCCAUCAUCACACUUACACACAUGCAGCAAUGUGCAGUUGCGCUUUCUAAAAAAAAAAAACAAAUUUGGGUUAAACUGGCGGCUACGUUGACAAAGUUCGGGUCGCAUGUGGGCAGUAUUACUUACCCAGUAUUUCCUACCGUUGUCUUUCAAGUGGCCGUUUGCCAUAAUUGGCAACAGCGCCAAUGUUAUUGUUACGGUAAUUAAUCAAGCCUUAAACGCACACACACACGCUCUCAUUUCAAACAGCUGUGCGUGGUUAGCAAAAAACUGGCUAUGCUAAUAAGGCAAGAAUCUCGCAUAAUAUGCAAACAUUAUAUAAAUCCAAUUUACUUCCUACCCAGCCAGCGAAAGUCAAUCAAGCGAUACGCAAAACACUUUAAGUACCACAAUUAUCGAAUUACAGAAGAGGAUCAAAAAUCGAUUCCGUGAUUUAAUGCGUACGGAAUGCUGAGCUCUUAAUGAUUUUUCGAAGUGGAACUAUCAUUUCAACUGUAACUAAAACAAGACUUCUGACACAUUCAUCGUAUGAGCGUUGUAAAACACCAUUUUAAAAUCGUAUGGAAUAGUAUUUUGGUCAAUGCCUUAAAUGAUAAAAAGAUACCAGCCUUUUGUUGUCUGUUACCUAUACGCUCAUGAUAUAGUAAUUACUAAUUAGUAAACAUGCCUGUUGAUCUUCGAAGUUACAUUUUGCGGUAAUAUUUAUUAUUUAUUUUUUUUAUAUUGCAUUAACGCUGAUGCGUAUAUUCCUUCUUUUUUAACCAAAGGCUAAAGACCAAAACCAUUUAAGAGUAAAAGGCACAAAAAAAAGUAUCUGGGAAUAAUGCAAGCCUUGCUAGAUCGGACACAUCUGUUUUUUUAAAUGGAUAGCAGAGUCAUAUAAUUAAACUUAACUACCGGACCACUCCGCACAAUCCACGUAACAUUCCUGUAAACGUUUAAUAUUUAAUUGAUUGGUGCGUAAGCCGUAAACGAUGUCUGAUAGAAAAUCAGUCUUUAAAAAAAAACGUGAUUAUAAAGGGAAAAUCACUGAUCCAAUGUUUACUGCUAAACAUACCAAAUGCUUUUAGUUAGCAGCGUCAGUGCUGUAAAACUCCACUUGUCAAAGCGUCCUGCAGCGCCUAACCAACACCGGAAAACGGUAAAUUCUUUGACAUUGUGCUUGAACAUUUUUUACUGCGAAGUUUAUAUUUGCGAAAGAUUUUGAUAAAUCUGUGAAUCUGCCACAAUGCGUAUCCUGGGCAGUUCCAAACCCUGUGCAACGGGCAACCGCCUAAGCGUGACCUUCAAGGCGCAUCCGAAUACCACAACGCAACUGACCGAUCUGCGAAAGAACCUAAAUGACAAAAGUCGAUUUCGCCAGUAUGUAGAAAAACUGCUCGGAAAUGAGCAGCAAAUGGGCUCGGUGCUGGACACAAUCUCUUCCAAUGAGGAGGAGCACCGCCUGGCCACCGUCACCGGCUGGUCCACGGUGAACAUCGCCAACUGCGCCGGCGUGUCCAACUCUUCCAUUUUCCUGGCUCUUAAGUGGGUGCUGAUGCCCAUAAGGGUGGAGAUGUUCAAUUUCAAGCGCAGUGGACCGGAGGACAACAUGGCACGUGGUCAGUUCCUGGUGGACAACCUACUCAGCGCCAAUCGACUAAAACGCCUGCAGCAGGAGGUGGCCGUCCUUUACACGUGCCAAAAGAUCGAGGUUUCCGUCACAACAGGUCUGCCCAUGUCCGUCAUGAACGCGGAGAUAUCCGAGAGGUUUUCGACUGCCGUGAGGGCGGCUUUGAACGCCCGUUAUGAGCCGGCUAUCCGUACCCUGGAUCUUUCCCGAUUCCACGCCAGCCCGGAACUGGGAAAGCAUUUCUGCCCACUGCAUGUGGUCAAUAUGCUGGAGAGCGUACUUGUUCUUUCGAGCCACGUCUUUCCACAAAUGGCAGGUAUCGUUCUGGCCAACAACUAUUUGUGCUCGCUGAAGGCCUUUGACGGAAUUUGUGACAAAUUUGUCAGCCUGGAGCGCUUGGAUAUAAGCGCAAAUAGAAUCAAGGACUUGGGCGAACUGAAAUACCUGGAAAAGUUAAAAAUCACGACUUUGUACGUUGCAGGAAACGGCGUGGACAAGCUUAAGUUGAGCGACAUUCGAAAAGUGUUGCCACAACUUCAGACCGUCCACGGCUGUGCGCACUGUGAUGUCAAGUUAGAGGUUGUAAAAAAUCUUCCUAUGUUCCAACGACUUCAGGAUGGUGGAACUAAGGGCACGCAGUUCUGCAAUCGCUUCAUUGGUUCGUUUUACAAUUGUUUCGACGAACCCGAAAAACGUUCGCAACUUGAGAACUACUAUAAUGACCAGGCCAUGUUCUCACUUAGCGUGCCCGUUCAACUGGACUAUGUGUACGCCUACAAACUGUACAAUAGAAACCAAAAGCGCCACCAAUCCUCCUUUGCUUACAAUGCUAAACUACAGGUUGGCAGGGCAGCACUGCUUCUCGCUCUUAGUCGCUUGCCCCAAAUGCAAACAGACCACCAGAGCGCCGGACUGGACAUCCACGUUUUUAACACGAAUUUGCGCAUCUUUACGCUGACGGGAUACUUAAAAGAGAACACCUCUGACGGCUGGGAACCUAGACAGUUUCAGCGCACAUUUGUGCUGCGUCUGCUCAAUAGCCCAGGCUGGCUAAUAACCAAUGACAUGCUGUGCAUAACUUCGAUUAAGUCUGGUGAAAAAGAACAUAUCAAAUUUCAACCGAAUACCGAUAAGUCGGUAGACAAAACCAUUCACCCUACAGCCGAAGUAUUUAAGGAAUUGGUCAACAAACCAAAGCCUCGAAGGAAAGCCCCACCUUCAGUAGAGUUAGAACCUCUAAACCAGGCUGUUCAGAAUAUUAGCUUGUCGGUCGCCAAGAUGGACCUUCGUCCCGAUGAAAAAUUUUAUGACAUGCCACCGCUGGUUGCGGUAGGACCAUUAGUUACCACUGCAGUCGAUUUAUUGGAUCAGGAGAUCGAGAAUACUUUGAUAUCCGAUGAGGAUACUUUUGAUUUGGUCAUUGAUGAGGAUGUCCUUUUUGGAGACGAUGAUUUAUAAACAUUUAAAAUUAAAAAAAAAAACAAUUAGCAUUAACAAUAAAUACACAAAUAGGUUAAGCAUCGUAGAUUGAUAAGUUUAUUGAGUGUGAAA